AGUCGCUCCUCACACUUUAUAACGCUUCUGUGUUUCCGCGCUGAGCCACUCUUCGAAAAGCACCACUGACACGAGCGGGGAGCGGGCGAGGAACCAGCGCGCAACCAUGAGCGAGAGACAAGGACCCGGAGCCGCCACUGGCAACAACAAGACGUCUGGAGGACAAGAUGCUUCCAAGACGGACGUCCCGGAGGAUUUUGACAUUGACAUGGAGAACCCCGAGACCGAGAAGGCGGCGGUCGCCAUCCAGUCGCAAUUCAGGAAGUUCCAGAAGAAGAAGCGCGAUGAGAAGUCCUAGUGAGCGGUGCCUCGCCGGGCCACUGUGUGGGGAGAGGGCAGCGGGAGGAGACGCCACAGUGACGCUUGCAUGCAAACAGAUUCAUAUCGUUGGAACUCCAGGGGUCGUGACGGGGACGAGGGAAUGCAAUAGCUUGUCAAUCUUAUAACAUGUCUGUGAAUUUUCAUGAUAAACCCUUUUACUGCAGUUAAUAACAUUAUGACCACCACAUGAUUGUUGUAGGAGGAAUUACUACUGUAAAUGAGUAUUGAUCUUUUCUUGUGUUUGUUCGAUGAGUCGCUGGUGAAGGGUUUUGUACUCAUUGUCUGACUGUCCAUUUCCGUUAAUCUCAGGUCUUUGUUUCCCCCAAAACACAGGAAUUGUUUUCUGAUGACUCGAAGUGACGUGAAGGUGAAUGUUGCUUUUAGAAAGCUCGGCCCUGAUGUUACUGUUUCACACCAGAGUUAGUCUCACCUGCAUGUUUCUAUCACACUCUGUAUCAAUGUAUAUUGAAUAAAUAAAGAUUGUGUGUCAAA